AUGUUGGCCAAUGAGAUAUUUAAAAGAAAAUCAACCAUCAAUUUGAAGGGAUUGGCUGUUGGAAACGGAUUGCUUAACGCAUUUGAUGAUUACAUGUCGUCCAUUGACUUCGCUUUAGGGCACGGAUUAGUGACCACUGAUUGGUACGCGAAGAAGAUUGAGGCCUGUUGUCAGUCAACGCCCGGCGUUCAACACGAAUGCAAUUUUUUAAAAGCUCCGAAUAUGACAAAGUGCAUACAAGUGAUCAGUCCUCCCAUUUCUACGCCAAACGCAUACAAUAUAUACGACAACUGUUCGCCAGACCUCUACUUAAAUGCUGUUUACAACAAACACUAUAAGCCUCGUUACGAGAGUUUGGGCAUUAAAAUCAUAUCAAACGCGCAAAACGCGGGGAAAGUGAAUAAAGUAAAGUGUCCUAAGAAUGGUCACACGCCUUACCUAAACCUGUCGGCCGUACGAAAGGCACUACACGUACGAGAAGAUGCCAAAAGAUGGACCGGAUGUGGCGGUAACUAUGGUGGAGGCGUUACAUCGCAAGUAAACACAACCAUUGAGUUGAUCCAAAAGUAUAAAAUAGGCAAAUAUGUUGUCUAUAACGGCGAUUUCGAUACGGCCUGUGAUUUCGUGUUAGGCCAGCGCUUUGUUGACGGAAUCGCUGUCAACACGAAUAGCAAAAAGGCUGAAGAUUAUCGUCAGUGGAAAGAGGACGGAACCCCUGACGGAGCAAUCGGUGGUUUUGUUCAACACUACGAAAAUGGUCUGACAUUUGUGUUGGUUCGCGGGGCCGGACAUAUGGUUCCUGAGGAUAAACCAGAGGNGUUUUGUUCAACACUACGAAAAUGGAUUCUUACGGCUUAUUAUAUGGACGACGAGCCUCACGGCCGUCAGGAUCUCACACCAACUACUGACAGUGUAACAGAACUGGAAUUACCUAAACAGUCGGCGACAAAGCCUUCACAACAGACUCCGUCCGCAAUCACAAUCCCGUCUUCAAAUACGGGCCAAACAUCUGAUCCCAAAACUGCGGUCACUAACGACACGCCUAAGGAGACGGCACCGACUGGUGAAGCAUCGGUUGUCCAGCCGUCGACUAUAGAACCAAAACUAUCACAACCAUCACAACCACCGCCGAUGUCAUCGACUGAACCGGUAGUGUCCGGAGCGAAGGUAACGCCUACUCAUUCCGAUAGCAGUGUUAACCCGGAAACAGAUCUCCUGUCCAUUAAAGAUAUGGACGUUAAAGACAACGCAAAACUAACUCAAAAGUCCAUCACAACAACUGAACUGUAA